AUGGAUCAAGAAACUAUAGACACAGACUACGACGUGAUUGUAUUGGGUACCGGUAUUACCGAAUGUAUUCUAUCUGGGUUACUCUCUGUAGAUGGGAAAAAAGUAUUACAUAUCGAUAAGCAAGACCAUUAUGGUGGUGAGGCUGCUUCUGUGACCUUAUCUCAACUGUACGAGAAAUUCAAACAGAAUCCCAUCAGUAAAGAAGACCGGGAAUCCAAGUUUGGUAAAGAUAGAGACUGGAAUGUCGACCUGAUUCCAAAGUUCCUCAUGGCUAAUGGCGAGCUUACAAACAUUUUGAUACAUACUGAUGUGACCAGAUACGUUGAUUUCAAACAGGUAUCUGGUUCCUACGUGUUCAAGCAAGGCAAAAUUUACAAAGUGCCAGCCAAUGAAAUAGAAGCCAUUUCAUCACCAUUGAUGGGUAUUUUUGAAAAGCGUAGAAUGAAGAAAUUCUUAGAAUGGAUUAGCUCCUAUAAGGAAGAUGAAUUGUCCUCUCAUCAAGGUCUAGACUUAGAUAAGAACACCAUGGAUGAAGUGUAUUAUAAAUUUGGCUUAGGUAACUCGACCAAGGAGUUCAUCGGUCAUGCGAUGGCUUUGUGGACCAAUGAUGACUACCUACAACAGCCCGCUAGACCAUCUUUCGAGAGGAUCCUAUUAUACUGCCAGAGCGUUGCUCGAUACGGUAAAUCUCCCUACUUGUACCCUAUGUAUGGGUUAGGCGAGCUUCCACAAGGGUUUGCUCGUUUGUCGGCUAUCUACGGUGGUACCUACAUGCUGGACACCCCAAUUCAGGAAGUGUUGUACAAAGAGGAGACAGGUAAGUUUGAAGGCGUCAAGACUAAACUGGGAACUUUCAAAGCUCCAUUGGUAAUUGCUGACCCAACAUAUUUCCCCGAAAAAUGUAAGUCUACUGGUCAAAGAGUUAUCAGAGCCAUCUGUAUUUUAAAUCACCCAGUUCCAAAUACCAGUAAUGCGGAUUCCUUACAAAUCAUCAUCCCACAGAGUCAGCUAGGCAGAAAGAGCGACAUUUACGUUGCCAUCGUUUCAGACGCACACAAUGUUUGUUCCAAGGGUCAUUAUUUGGCCAUCAUUUCCACAAUCAUUGAAACUGAUAAACCACAUAUAGAAUUAGAGCCUGCUUUCAAGCUUUUAGGACCAAUCGAGGAGAAGUUCAUGGGUAUUGCCGAAUUGUUUGAGCCAAGAGAAGAUGGCUCUAAGGAUAGCAUUUACUUAUCCAGAUCAUAUGACGCAUCCUCCCAUUUUGAAUCCAUGACUGAUGAUGUCAAAGAUAUCUACUUUAGGGUAACUGGCCAUCCAUUGGUUCUAAAACAAAGACAAGAACAGGAGAAACAAUAG